AUGGAAAUUAAUAAAAUAUAAAAUUGAUUUACCAAUAAUAGGAAUAAUGACGAAGGAAUGACCUGGUAAAUUAUUAUCUCAUAAUGCGUUAGCGAUAGCGUUUAAUGAUAAGGAUUGUACUACACUUCAGUAAACAAAAGUCGUGAUGAUGGUAGGUACUUGUUUUAUGUAUGAAAUUCUAAAAAGUAAUUAAAUAUUUUUGAUUUACGUUUUACGUCUAGACCAUUGAUUUUUUUUAAAUAAAUAACCCGUUGGUUGUAACAUUUUGAAGAGAAAUUGACCGUAUAUGUAUAAUGGCAUCGUCUAGUUCAUCAUCUCCGUUGGAAGAUUUGGAAACUCAGUUGGAAAUGUUUGUGGAAAAUGUGAGGCAAAUACGUAUUAUCGUGGCCGAUUUUCAACCUCAGGGACAGACGGUUUUAAAUCAAAAAAUGUAAUUGUGACUUACUUUAUUUUUACUUAUUUUGUAAUGUUUUGAUGAUUAUUAUUGUUCCAAUGUUGUAAUUUUCAAUGUUUAUUAUGAUCUACAGACAAAAUGCUGUAACUGGAUUACAAGAAAUCAACAAAUUGAAAUCUAAUGUUCAAGAUAUACAUGUGCCUUUGGAAGUAUUUGAGUAAGUAUAUUAUCUAUACCAAUUAAUUUAAUUAUUAGCAAACCCGAAAUUCAUGUUUUGAGUAAGAAUUCAAAUAGUAGAUAAUUAUGUUUUGAGAUCUUGGACAAUAGUAUAAAAUAAGCAUAUGCAUUAUACGUAGGUACGAGUCCUUGGUCAAAAUGUCUCUAAAUAAUUACAUUUUAAUUAAAACUGUAACCUAAAACUUAAAUAACUUAAAUCAAUUAAGUAUUAGAAAUAUCUAAAAAAUGAUUAAGAUUCAUAUUGCUCAAUUAAAAAUAUACUAAAAAAAAAACAUCAAUUAAAGUAGAUCUUUUGAUAGAGAUGCUUGAAUUUUGAUCAGUAGUGAUAGCAGCUGUUAUAAGAGCAUUUUCUAUCAAAUUUAUUGUGAAUUAUUCAGUAGUGUAUGGUAAAUCACCAUGAAAGGUUAUAGCAUUGAACAACGUAAAUGCAAAUUAUAUAAUUUUAUUAUCAAAAUCAAUGAGAGAAACCAAAUUUUGAAUUUCGCAAAAAAAAAAAACUUCUAGCGACAAGGACCAUUUUUAUAUGAAUAGAGAAUAUGUUAACAAAGAAAUUAUUCUGAUUUGGGACUUAACCAAUCUACAUGAGAUAUAUCAGCACAUUUGAGGACGUGGUUAUCUCACGUGGUGGCAAUAUGAAUUUGCCACUUAGAUUGUGCGAUUUUACAUCUUUAAACUUCUUCCUUUAGUUAUCUUAAAUCCAGAAGGUCUAUGUAAAUAAACCACAAACAACAAAUGCUUUUACAGUCAAUAAAAUUAAUGCUACCUUAAAUAAAUAAAGCCUGAUUUAUGCGAGAAAGUCAUUGAAAAAUCAGACUACUUAAAUAAGUGUCACUAAGCAAAACCACAAUAAACAUUUGAACAAUAUUAUAUUUCAUACAUAAUUGUUAUAAAAUAUUCUUUCAAAUAAUAAAAAGAAAAUUGAGUGGAUACCUCUUACAUAACAUUUAAAAAUUGAGUAUCUUUAUUGAAACACCAUUUACUAAUAUAUUAAUAUUAGAGUUAAGCAUUUUUUUAGAAGAUAUUUUGAAUAGAGAUUUUUUGUAAAAGAUAUUUUGACUAGCCACCAUAAAUACUAAGGUAGUUAUUAUUGUAAUUCAUCAUUAUUUAAUUCAAGUACAUAUAUGUAUUUAUAUGUAUUAUUUACUUGUGUAAUUAUUACAAUUUUUUUCAGCCAUUCAUUUUUACAUGAGUAAUUAAACAGUUUUUCUGCCUUUUAUCCAAUGCCAAAUCAUUUCCUUAAAUAACAUAUAAUAUGCAAUAUAAAAAUAAUAGGUUUAAUUAUGAUAUUGAAGUAAAUUGUUAAAGUAUUUUUAAUAAAAGUUAAGUUAAAAUGAAUGAAGAAGUAUCAGUCCAGAUUAUAGGUCACAAUAUUUCAUAGUUAUUACUAUAUUAUGAUAUCAAAUAUUUAUAAUUUGUGAUUAUUUUCUAGGUACAUUGAUAGAGGUCGUAAUCCUCAGCUUUAUACUAAAGACUGCAUAGAGAAAGCUUUGCAUAAAAAUGAACAGGUUAAAGGAAAAAUAGAUGCAUUUAAAAAAUUCAAAGCAAAUGUACUCACUGACUUAGGACAGACAUUUCCUAAUGAACUUAACAAAUAUCGUGCAUUGCGUAGCAAUUGUUAUGGGACUAAUAAUGUUGUGCCGCCACCACCACCACCUAUGAAUAUUUUAUCAUCAGGUACUCCACUGAGUGGAUCAAAUAAUUCACAACAAAGUCAAUUGGUUGGAUCUUGUUUAUCAGUACAACAAAUAAAUAAUGCUUCUACCGUAGUAUCAGGUGUCUCUUCUUGUUUAAGCAAUUCUCAACAGCAACCAAAUGCAACAAAUAUAUCAUUAUUAGGUUGUGAUGGUGUUUCUACUGUGUCUGCUGGAAAUAAUAGUAACAAUAUAGGAGGACCUACAGGUAUCCAGUAGCUAUUUUUUUUUUUCAUUAUUUUAUAAGAUGGGUUAUAAUAAUUAUAACUAUCGUAACACAUUAUAAGAAUUAUAGGCAUUCACACAAUAAUAUAGUAACUGCAAUUUACUUAGAUGCAAAUUUUAAGUAUAUUUUUUUUUUAAGUAUUAAUAGAUAUAAGACAUUUUUAUUAUAGUUAAAAUAGUUAUUUUUUCACCUAUUUAUUGAUUAAAUUAGUGUAAUUAUAUUAUAAUAUUCUUUGAUAGAAUAUAAAAAAAUAACCAAAAUAAUGGUUGGUUUUAUCAAAUUUUAUAUUUAUAAUAGACAUAUUUUAUCUAUAGUUUUAUGUUAAUUUUUUAUAUGAAAAUAAUGAAAAAUAGUUUAAAUCACUACUUACAUUUAAUUUAUUCAAAAAGCAAUAAUUGUUGAUAACUUGAUUAAGACUAUGGAGAAUUAAUUUCUUUUAAAUGUGAACAAAUAUAUUUUUUUACAUUAUUCAAUUAAUAGUUAUUAGAAUUAUGUCUAGAAUUAAGCUGUGGUAAAAUGCAGUCUGUAAUAGAAAGAUAUUAAUCUGAAAUAACUUUUAUAGUGUUAAAUAUUUUUAAGUUUUUUUUUUCUAGUGAUAAUUUCAAGAAUUAUUAUUAUUUUAUACAGUGUAUUCCACAAAGAUAUACCCAGAGAUAAUAAGGAUAAUAAACAGAGAUAAUCAAAUUCUGUUUUUUUUUUUGUCUAUUUAUUACUCACAAAGAUAAAUAUUAUAAAUAUUUAUAUUACAUUUUAUAGAGUUUAUUCCUUUGAAAAUGUUGACCAUCAACUUUCUAUUUUCAUUAAAUUCGUGAUUUUUAAUAACUUUUUAAAGUUAGAAAAAAAAGUGUACAGUGAGUAAUAUAUAUAUUAAAAAAAAAAAACAAUUUGAUUAUCUUUUUAUAGCAGGAUAGGGAGAUAUUGCAAUAAGAAGGACAUUCUGUAUAUAUAUAUAUUUUUUUUUAACUAAAAUUAAAAAUUAUUUUACAAAAUCACACAGUCAUUUUAUUAAUAUAUUUCUAACAAUUUUGGUGGUAUAAAUAUUUAUUAAUACUGAUUGAUAAAUGAAUCAUUAAUUGUCCACAACUUUUAAAAGUAUAUGAUAAUUAAAAAUUAAAAAUUGUUUACAUUGCUAAUGCUAAAUAAUCUAUACAUAUAAAAUCCAAAUACCACUGACUGACUGAUCGCUGUAUCUCAAAAACCACUCAAUGUAUGGACUUGAAAUUUGGAAUAGAGGUUCUUCUCAUAUUAUCACCGUACAAUAAGAAAGGAUUUUCAAAAAUGUUGCGUUUUAGUGGAGUAAUUAACGAUUAUAAUUAUUCACUGCCAAUGCAUAUUGUGCGGCACAGCGGCCCGCGGGUUUCCAGCUACCUGCAACCUAUCCUUUUUGUUCGUAAUCGUCGUCCUGUAGAUAAGAAUAAUGAUUCCGAGAAUAAAAUUGUUCCGAGAAGUUGAUCGAUAAAAAUAAUCUCAUGCAUCGCGUACACCAAUACUCCUAUUUUAUUAUAAUGAAUGAUAAAACGCACACCGAUAACAUAAACCAAUACACAUACAAAUUCUAUUUAUAGAAUUAAUUUGGAUAUUAGGUUAUUAUGUAUAUUAUCGAUAAUUAUGAAUUUAAGGUAAAUGGUAAUACAUGGUGUUAUCUAAUUUGUCACGAAUUUGUUUCCGGGCAACGCUGGGUAAUUCAGCUAGUAUGUUUAUAUAAUUUGUUCAUGAAAGAUAAUUUUAUUUAUAAUAAACUUUAAAAACUUUACAAUUCAUCAUUAGUAAAUAUGUAUUAUACCAAUAUUUUGUUUCAAAAUAUAUUUAUAAAAUAACUUGAAAUUUGUAAAACAAUUUUUAUUUUUAGUUUAAAAAAAAUUAUUUAAAAUAACAUCAUAGGUCUAGAAAUUAUCAUGAGUAAAAACAAAAACAUUUUAAACAGUACAAAAGUUAUUUCAGGUGUUAGAUCUUUAUGUUACACUGGGUAUAUCAGGGAUAUGCCAAAAAUUAAAUAUAUACUCUAUUCAGAAUAAGUUCAGUCUCUGGGAUGGCAUUGCCAGUACUCUGCAAAACUCGGUUCUUAUUCCAAAUAGAGUAUAGUUACUAUUUUUAUAAAUGAGACCAUUGAUAUUCAUGACUUUUAUUUACAUAUUAUUAUGUAUUCACAAUAAUCAUAUUAUCUACACAUAUAUAUUUAUGAAAAAUAACUACUUUAAAAAAAAAAUGAAUCUGUCUAUAAAAAUGUACUAAAUUAAGGAAUCAUAUGCAUAGGUAUGUUAUAGGUAUUAUAAUAAAUAAUAAUAAUAUAAUUAUAAUUAUAAAUAGGUUUAGACACAAUAAUUUGUUUAUAUUUAAUAUAGAUAGGUUUUAGUUUUAAUCAAAUUUACUUUUUUAAAACAUUUGUAUUGCUUAUCUAUAUACAAUUUUUAUUAGUAAAAUUAACUAUUUUAGUUUUUAGAAAUAAUAAAAAUAUAUGGCUCUUGCCUAAUGAAAAUUUCUGAGAACAUGUUUUAUUAUUGAGUUGUAUUAGUAUAAAAUAAAUAUUAGAAAAACCAAAUAAAAUUCACUUGUAAAUUGGAGCAAAAUUUCUGGUAGAAAACUUAAUUGAAAGUAAUAAAACCUUCAAUAAAUAAAGGUACCCAUUUUUCCAAAUUAUUUAGAAAACUCCCUAUUGCACCAAAUGGAUUAAAUUAUAAUUAAGAAAAGAUGCUACACAUAAAAAUCGAAGAAAGAUUACUGUUAGAAAAAUUAUUAUUCAAAAGCAUAUAAAUAAAAAUUGUCAAGUCUGUUGUUGGAAACUCUGUAAAAAUACCAAAAGUAUCAUCUUUUACAAUGAUUUAUUACCCACCUAAUCAAAUAUUUUCUGACAUUUGGUGAACAAUAAAACUUUAUGUCUUAAUAUCUAUAGCUAAAUACCUAUAAUAUUUUGUAUAAUUAUUAGUCUAAUAAUAUGUCAUUAAAUUUAUUUAUUAUGUACAAAACAUUUAAUAAAUAUACAAAUUUGUAUAUAUAUCUGUAGCUUGGUGCAAGAUAUAACAAUGUCAAAAAAAUAAUGCAAAUUGAAAUGGAGUUAAAUAAGUUGUAUAGUUAUUGAAAUUUGAACAGUAGGUAUAUAUCUUUUAAGUAAAAUGUCUUAAUUAUUAUAGUUUACACAGAUUUAUUAUCAUUAUUAUUAUUUUAAGAAAAUUAAAAUUUGUAUAUUUUUGCAAGAACUUUUUGGGGGACUAAGCCACCCCUUGAUUUCGGUCAAUCCUUUUGCUAUAAAGUAUAAAGAUAAACUGGGCUUCGAUGAUUUUUUUUUUAAUUUUGUUGUCAGACCAACAUUACCUAGAACAUAAACAUAAAUCACAAAAUUGUUCCAGAUAAUUUUAUUUGUUCAUCAGGUUGAUUCUUUGAAAUUACAACCACUAUAUAUCCGUAGAUACCAAUUGUAUAUUUUAAAAUCUUUUAUGUUUCUAACAUCUUGUUACAUCAUAUUAUAAUAAAUAUUGAAUAUUAUUAUAGAGUUUGCAAAUUUUAUUUUGAAAUAGCUCAAUUUUCUAUUAUCUUUCCAAUAUUAACGUUCAUUGUAAUUGUUCAAUCUAAGCAAAGUCUCAACACGUUCAUUUUAUACUAAACAUCUAAUUCUAUAUAUAAUUUAUCACAGUACACAAAUAAUAAUAUUUCACUAUUCUCUCUCUCUUGGUUACAAUCUUUAGAUCAGUUUUCAGUUAAUUUCUAUUCUUCUAUCCUAUCCGCUUUCCUUUUCAUUUGCACAUAUGAAUCACAUCCUUGGUCUCUUAUUAAUUGUUGAAUAUAUUCUAAUCUUGACCUUCCUCUAUGAUUUUUUCCUUCAACACUUCCUUCUAUAAUUAAUUUUAAUAUUCUUUCAUGCUGAAUUGUAUGUCUAUUAAUUUCGUCUUUUGACUAUACUUUUCCAUAGUAGCUUUCCUAACGACAUUUUUUUCAAAAACCUUAUUAGUUAUUUUGUCCAUCCAGCUUAUUUUGAAUAUCUUCCUAUAGCCCCUCAUUUCAAACGUUUCCAGUCUCCAUUGUUCUUCUACUGAUUUUGUUGGCAUAUUGGGCUUUACUUCGUGCAUACGUCUUCAAUAGGUUUUUUAUAAUUUCUAGGCUAAUGUUCUUUGAAGUGAGUAGGGGUUUUUUUACUGUGAAAAACUAUUUUGGCUUUGCAAACACGCAAAUAGUUUAUACCUUAUUGCCAUCUAUAAAAAUACAUCCAUUUUAAUUAAGUAGAUAAUAUUAAUUUGUUUAUUUUAAUUAGGUAUACUAAUAAAAACAAAAGUGAUCAAAAUAUUUCACACAUAAAUGUGUAAUAUUUUCAUUAACUCAAUGCUUAUAAUGAAUGUUUGUAAUACUUGUAUAUUAUGGACUUUAUACUUGUCUUUGAGGUACUAUGAUAAAAUGGAGAAAAAUGUAUAACAAAACUGUUUUUCUUAGUAUAAACAUCUAAAAUAAUUGUGUUAAUAUUUAACUUUUUUGGGGAUAAACGUUUGAAAUUCCAUAAUUAGAUGAAAUAUUAGUUAAAAUAAAUGUUUAUGUUGAAAUUUUCUAUUUACGUCAAUCCGUUCAUGAUAUUGAAUCAACCCUUUAAUCUUUAAUCUAUUUUGUGAUUGAAUUAUCACAUUAUAAUUUGAUUUAGAUAAAAUAUAUAGACUGAUAACCACUGAUAACUAAUUGAGCAAGUGGAUAUAACCAUAGAUGGCAAAUACAAAUCUUAUUAUGUUCACCCAUCUAAAUUAUUUAUUAUUUAUGUUCACCACGUGUGUGAUAAAACAGUAACUGCUUUAUCAUAAAUGUUUUCCGUUUGAAACGCCGCUCGCAAAAUUGAAUAGACUGAACUGAUAAAUAACCAAAGUUAGUACCUAGUAAGGUACUUAAAAGUUAAAACUUUUAGACGUAUAGUGCUUAUUGUAUAGUAUGAUUCAACAACAGCGUUAAGCGGUCGUUUAAUACGGUGAAAUGGACCAGUACGUGAAACAUAUGAAGAGAAAACCGGACGUUUUGCCAACCAAAAAUGAGAACGACGCCGGUAAACUACGCGUAGUAACCGACGUUGGACAGGCGGACGUGACAGAAACAAAACAAGUGUUGGUCGGUGGACAAUGUUCACCCGCAACUCCACAAAAGACGUGCCUGCCUCCACUCGAGUCGACUACAUUGACACCGAUUGUUCAUCAAACGAGUAAUUUUUAUUUUUGUUUAAAAGAAAAUUCUACGAAUCAUUUAUUGUCGAGUUUAUCCUUUAAGGAUUAGCCUGUGCAAUUCGUUUGUACACAUGUAAAAUGUUUUACCGUCCUGCAACUUGAUGACUCGUAUACGCACAUUAAAAAUUAAAAUUUAUUUUGUAUUCUACGUGAAUAUACACAGUAAACAAAGUGCAACAAAAACCGCCCAUCUCUCACUAAUAUUAUAUAAGUAACAGUCUUACAAUACUCAUUCACACAUUCAUCACCAAGUAUUCAACAUAAUUAUUGUAAUUCAAAGUGAAACUGAUUUACAAAUUACUUUGGUAAACAGUAAAAAUUAUCAAUAAGGAGAUACAAUUGGAAAAUGUUUAGAAAGAAUAUAAAAAUACAAUAUUUUGAUUUAUUUACUUAAAUAUUUUAUUAGGUCUGCCCUGACCCAAAUCAUUUACUAAUAUGGUUCAGCUCGAUCCUCUAACUUAAAUAUAUUGGAUUAGGCCCAGCUUGAUUCAUUUAGUGACUAGGCCCAAUUAUAUGGUUUGGCUCAUUUAAUUAGGCAUUUGAACUUAGAAAAAAUAUUUUAAAUUUAAAUUUGAGUACUUAUGUGUACAGUAUAAAAUCUACAAAUAUGACACACUACAAUUUAAUAGACUGGUUGUCUUUAUAACCACUAUAAUUUUUUUCAAGGGUCGCUAUACAACAGUUGAAAAUAAUAGUUUUAGUUAUAUUUAAUUUUUUUCUAACUUAAAAUAAUAUAGCAUUUAGAGUUCUUAUUGAUGAUGUGUACCUAUAUGCUAAUCUAAUUUCUGUGUUUAUUUCAGACUUUAUAUGCUGUGGAAGAGGAGUUAUUUUAAAUUUUGUAAAAUGCUUUUUUUUCAAUUUGCGUUUUUUGUUAUUAUUUCUUUUUGUGGCUGUUAACAAUUUUUUAAAAAAAUAUUUACCAAUCAAAAAAUGAUAACAGACCUUUCUUGUUGAAUAUUGGAUUUAGUUGGUGAAUCGAGUUGAUCAUUGUUUGAUUUUACAAAAUGUUUCAUAAUAAAUAAUAAAAUAAUUAAGUAAAAACAAAAUUAUUAAAAUGGUUUGUACUUGUAAAUAAAUAAUAUGGUAAAUAGGUAUAUAAAUAAAAAAUAUAUACAUACAAAUAAAUAAAUGAAUAAAUAGUAUUAUGAUAAGUGUUUCAAAUUAAAAAUUCAUUAUCAGAUAUCACAGUCAAAAUGUAAUAUGCGAUUUUGUGACAUUUUUAUUUUCAAUGUAAAUUAUUUAUUUAUAUAUUUAUUUAUUAUAUUUCAUAAUAAUUGGGAAAACAGACAAAUGUACAGUAAUAAAAGUUUUAUUACUUUCAAUUAUAAUUUGCUCUAAAUUUCAAAACUAGCAUUUUUGUGAAAUUUGUUUUAUAUGGUUGGUGUGUAAGAAAGUAAUUUUUUUAUUUUUUGUUUAGUUUUAUUAAUAAAUUAGGAAAAUGAGAAAGUUACCACCAUUAACUGUGUCAUUAUUUUGCUAGAGGUGGAGGAAGGAUACCUAUCUACCUAUGUAUUUUAUUAUUUUUGUCUAUAAUCUCAGAUUCUUGUGUACCACCUACCUAUUAUAUAUCUACUUGUAUUAUAUUACAGGUAUUAUUCAUGUAUAUAUAUUUUCAUUUAUUUUAUGCAUUUGUAUACUAAAUCAAAGUUUAUUAGAAUACGGGCACCUUCAUAAAGUUGUGCAAAUGCGAGACUUUGAAUUCUUGUUGUACUUAAAAAUACUGCUAGUUUCAUCAUCUUGAUAUUGACCUAUAUUUUAUAUUUUUUUUUGUUACAGUCCAACAAAACCGUAUUACCGUUAAUAGACGUUUACAAUUUGAUGAUGAAAUUAUUGUGACACCGGUAAAAAAACGACAUAUUGUAGAUAAUAAUAGUAGACCAAAGGAAAUAAUACUGCCCAAUCAUGCAGACUCACUGUUCUUUGAUGACGAAAUGCAGCAAAAAGGGAUUUUGAAUAAAACGCCUAAUUUACAUAUUUCAACUUCAAUAGAAAAAGAUAUUAUUUUGUUGAAAGAGAAGAAACGUGUCCAGGCUAUUGUCGAAUCUCUUUUAGUUCGUGGUUUUUCAGUACAAAAACUACCAAAGGAAUUAGUGAACAGCUACAAGGUAACUAGCAUAAGCAUUUUUGAAAACCAAACAUAAUUUUAUUCAUAGAAAACCAAAUAAAAACUUUAAAAAAUUGAAUAUUUCAAAUAGUUAUAAAUAACUAGAAAAAUCCUAAAAGGUUUGAAAAUUGUACCAUAUCUUAUGUAUCAUAUCAAAUUGAAAAAGUUUAUAAGAGAUUUAAAUUAAGAGUUUCUCUAAGAUGUACUUAUUACAUUACUAAUGUAAUAUGUAUUUAGGGUGUCUAAAAAAAAAAAACUUAAAUAAUAAAUAGAAUCAUGGAUUUAAAUAAAAUAUCCUUAUCAUACUCAAAUAAUAUUUUAAUAUAAUCAGUACUCUAUUUAUCCAAGGAUAUUUUGGGUAUUUUUCUGAGGCUCUACAUGAGCACAAAGUCUUCCUAUUCUAUACAAAUAUUAUUUUGAAUAAACAAUUAUCACAACUGUGUUAAAUUAUUAAAUACUGAUUACCAUCAGUAUUUCAUGCAGUACACAGAGCCUCUAUUUCUAAUUAGGCUCUGAAUAUAAGGUUGGGUUAUAUAAUGGUAUUUUAAAAUUAUUUUAGAAUUUAAGUAAUUUAUAAAUAGAUGCAUUAUUUAAUUUAUCUAGUAAUAUUUUUGUUUAUCAAAUUUUAUAAUAAUAUAUAAUAUAUCAUAUAUGUAUAACAUGGCAAAUUAAAAUUAAUUUGAAUGUACAUGACACAUUUGUAUCUAUUAAUAGAAUGUUUAAUUAUCUUAAGUAUAAGCAAGUCUAGAUGUUAGAAGUCCAGGAAGUUGUAAAUGUAGGUUUGUAAAUUUCAUCUUUUAACAUAUCUAGUAUAUUUAUUAUUCAUAAUAUCCAAUUAUUAUUAUACAUAUAGUUAUAUACAAAUUGUUUAUCUAUUAUUAAAUUAUAAUAUUAAGUCGUCAUUUUAAAUUUUUUAUUUAAUUAUUCCAUAAAACUAGUAAACAGUUUAUCAGGAACCGCUCAUUAUUUCAAUAACAAUUAAACUAAAUUUUGUAAAUUAUGGAACAAAUGCUUUAAAACCCUAAAAAUUCUUAAUAAUGUACUAAAUAUGUGUUAAUUUUUAAUAAUUUUGGUAUAAAUUAACUUUAUGACAACAAAAGCCAUACUUAAUGAUAUAGUCAAUUUUACAAAAUAUUGCUUUAGCAAAUAAUUAUCAAAGAGGAAAAUUAAAAAUUUUUAAUACUUUGUUAGUUUUGCCUUAAAAGUUAUCUGUUUACUCUUGGUAUUUAUGUUUUGACAUUAUAAUUACUUCAUAAUAUAAAUUUUAUAAUUUAACAACAGUACCUACUCAAUAAUUGGUUAAGUAUAUUUAUAUAAAAAUCAUGUUAGCCUGUGAAAAUAUUAAAAUAGAAUUUCAAAUUAAAAUUUGGUAAACAGAAAACAAAAAUACUUUAAAAAUUUAAAAAAUUACUAAAGCACCAACAUUUGUCAAAAAAUUAAAAAAAGCAAAAUUAUUUUUCUCAAAAGUACGUGUAACAAAUUUGUGAUAAUAAAGCAUCCCACAGUAAGCUGUAGAAAAAAAAAUGCAAAGUGCAUUAAAAAGAGCUCUAGUUAUUAUCUUUUUUUUUUUUGUUUAAUCAAACUCAUUUAUAUUUAUUUUUGCAACACAAACAAUAUAUAUAAUUAUAUUAUAUUGUUUAGCAUUGUUUAUUUAACUUCAGUGAGAAUAGAUUUGUAUGUUGUAUUCAUUUAAUGAAUGAACAUAAUAUUUAUGAUUUAAAAAUAAUAAAUAAAAAUAAAUUUUCCAGUUUCCUAGGAUUUUUCAAUUUAUUUUGAAAUCUGGUAAAAUCAAAGCCUCUUUAAAGUACCACCCCAGUCUAAUUUCCUUUCUGAAAACGUGAUACACUUGAAAAUUGGAGCAAAAUUUCUGGUAGCUCCAUUUAGAAUCUAAAAAUAUUUUUCUGAAAUAAAAUUAAAAUAUCUUUUAUUUGUAAUUUUGCAAGAUGUGUUUUAAAAACAAACAAUAUUGUGGACAAUGAUGUAAAUAAUAAUUUAGGGAUAUAAAGAUAAUAAUAUGUAAACUCAUUUUGCGUUAAAAAAAUUCCUUAUUUAUACUUAAGUUAAAACAUCUUGAAUGAAAUAUGUAUUAGUUUUAUAAAUAAUGCUAUACUAAUUUUGUUUAGGUCAAAUAAAACUUAAAUCUAUAUUAUUUCAUCAUAUACAAUCUUAUUAAAAAAAUUGGUUUCCCCCAUGUAUUGCUCAUUUUGAUUUUAUAUUCAGUAUUAUUUUGCCUCUGUUUUUCUUUAACCUUAUAAUGAUUAUAUAAAUCAUAAAAGUUUAUAUACAACCUUCAUAAUAAUCCAGGUUUUGUUUUAAAAAAAUUACACUUCAGGCCUAUAGUUUUAGAAGAAUUUUUUUUUUUAAAUUCCUCAUCACUAAUAUUAAUUUCAUAAAGCAAUACAUGUAUAAAUAUUUUAAUUUAACCCUUUAAGUUGUGUACUCUGAUAACUGCUAAUAACACAGUAAUGGUGGAACUUUAACAUAAUAGUGAUGGUCCACUAGUGAUGGAGUCACACUAGAACGUGUGAUCACUAGAGAAAACCAGUUUAUUUUCUCUUCUUUCUUUUUAUAAUACAAUUUGUUUACAUCUUACAGUCCACUUAAAUUACUAGCUUAGCUAACACAUUGUUUUCUAAUUAUUGUUUGUUCAUUGUGACAUAAAUUUUGUUUAAACAUAUAAUGAAAUAAUUAUUAAUAUUUAUUAAAAUAUUUCUAUUGUCUAAUACUAUUGUAAUAAGUAUUGAAGUCACACAAUAAUGUAUAAUUAACUUUAUUACUGAAUAAAUAUUACAGUUUAGUAGAGGAGUUUAAAAUUACAAAAUAAAAUCUAAUUUCUUGACAUUCUUGUCAGAUCUUUGAUACCUUCAAACUUAUUGAUCAAUAUUAUGUACAGACAACAUAACAAGUACAUAUUUUAAUCAUUAAUUUUAUCAAUUAAAAAUAUUAAUCCAUGUAAUAUAAUGAUAUAAUUAAAGAGUAACCUAUAUUUGCUAUAGUAUUCUGCAGGUAUGUUUUUAUUAUUUUAAGAAUAGAAAACAUAUGUUCAUGAGUUGUGUUAGAUACAGGUAUCUAUACGGGUACAAUAUAUUUAAUAAUAAAUUAAUGCUUGGAUACAUUUCUGAGUUGCAUUAUGAAAGAACAUUAAUCCUAGUUUAAACAUCAAUAGUGCAGAAUAAAUGCUUAUAAAUGAAAAAUAUAAUUUGGAGAGUAUAUAUCCCCUUUAUUCUCCUUUUCUCCCUUAAUUAUGUCCUUGUUGUUGUUUAUUAAUAACAGAUACUUUGAGAUAUUUUUCAUUUUUGAAUACUGAAUACUGAUGAAAGUCUUGGUGAUUCUACAAAUGAAGUGACUAACUCAAUUAAAUCGCAUAUUAAAUUUUUACCAAGCCUAUAUUUUAGUUUUUGUUAGUAAAUUCUUCCUCAGUACCAAAUAGGGUUCACUUUUUGUUGUAUUGUUCAUUAUUUUCUAAUAAAAUUAUUUCCAACAUUUUGUUUAUUGUAGCUUUUUAUUUUCUGUUUAGCCAGUCAAUGAAACCAAUGACGAAGGAUCAUUAGUGUUCGAGUGUAUGUCGUUGAUUGAAGGCUUCGUUUACAGUGUGCAUGUGAUAGACACUGCUCUGCAAGAUAAAGUGGAUGCUGUCAGGGUGGCGGCCAGAACAUUAGCAACAGUUGGGCCUCACCCACAUAUCAUUUCAUAUUUCUCUAACUGGACUGAUGGCCGUUUCCAUUACGUGCAGAUGGAACUGUAUCAUGACCACUUGUUGUUGCCGAAUAGUGAACAGCGGUUUGAUUGCCAUACAAUAUUAGAACAUGUAUCUUGUGCACUACAUUAUUUACAUGACUAUAAAAAUUAUGCUCAUAACCUGGUGAACCGCUGGAACAUUUACCGGAUCACAGACAGUGGCAGUGAUAGUGUGGUGUACAAACUUGCCGGAUUCCACAGGGCCACCAAGUUGACCACAGUGGACAAUGAUAAAUCAGUGGUGAACACUGAUGUCAAAUCAUUGUGUUCGACAGUAUUGGAGUUAUUGGAGGAGCAGCGGGGUGAUGGUUAUUCUGUUGCAGAUGAUAAUGUAGAACAAGAACUUUGGUCAUAUCUUUUGUCUAUUAUGGAUAGAAUCGAUUUGGUUGUUGGAGUCAUUGAUGGAGGAUUAUCAUCAUCAUCACAGAUGGAUGUGAAUGCUUUAAAUGUUUGGCGGUGGUGUUAUAACUUUCGGCGUCAACAUAUACAGCGACCAUGUCCAACUGGUCUGAUGACAGGUAUAGUGUACAGAGACAGCCACCAGUGACUACUUAUUAUGGGGUCAGGAAUACUAAAAUUAGGUUUUGUUUUUUAUAUAUUUUUUAAAAAAGGUUAAUAUUUUUCUGUUUUUAAUUUAUUUGUUAUCUUAAAUAAUAUUUUAUUUAUGUUAGUACAAAAAAAUGUACACAUUUGUUUAUUAUCAUGAACAGUAUAAGUGAGUUCUAGUGUUCAUGAUAAAUAUAUUGUACAAUGAAUUCCUAGGUUGGAAAGAAAGAUUAAUGAUUAUCCAAGAAUAGGGCCUAUCAAUUAAUUACAAGUGAUACAAUUUUUUUUUUUGUUAUUAUUUAAUUUUUAAGAAGCUGACCAUUAAUAAUAAUUAUUAGUUCCUGUUUUUCUAUUGAGAAUUUUUUUUACAUUGUUGAAUAUUCUCACCGAUAGAUUUUUAAUAAGUAAGUUAUUAUAUAUUUAUUUUUUUUUUAUACUGUUUUAUAUUAUUUUGUUGAGAUGAUUAAUAUUUUAAUCUUUAGUCUUUUAAAUUUUCAUGAAUUGUUCACUAAAAGAAAGUUAACCAAUGAAAUAUAUCUGUGUUACCUAUAUUAUACUUGUUAAUAAUACACCUUAAUUUUUUUAAACUAAUUAAUAAUAUGUUACUAAUAAUAAUGUUAUUGUUUGAAUAAAUAUACACAAAGUGUCUUAAAUCUUUUCUUUUGCAAUGCUUAUUGACCACUUGACUUUUGUAUAAUUUUAUGACAAAGCCUUAUUAUGAACCUUAUUUGCAAAUAUUUGUGUCUGAAAAUUAAACAAAUACAAAUUAAUUUCAGUCAAUACUUACCUAAUUAUGUUGUAUUAGCUGCAUAUAUAUUAC